CGACGCAGGAGGUCCAGCGCGCUAGGCUCCAUCAUCCUCGCGGUACUCUUCACCUACUUUGUUCAGGGCCUGUUGCUGGUACUGAGAGCUGUCAUUCCUACUGACCAUCAGAAGUGGACACCGGCAUUGCCCCUCUGGCGCAACAUCGACUGGCAGAUUCCUCUGGACAUCAUCGUCAUUGGUGCUGCGCUCAUCCUCGUAGCUUGGCAGCAGAGGCAGGCGGGGCCCGGGAGAUACUCAAUCCAGCCCAUCUAUGCAGCCAUCGCGUUUGUCGGCAUUGGCGAUGUCCUCAUCCUGAUCUUGUACAUCAUUGCCAAGGGCGGCAAGCACGACUGGAGGAGCACAACCCCAUGGACCUGGGCUCAGCUCGCUCUGCAAAUCCUCAGAAUCAUUGUUCUCUGGCCCAUCCUGACCGUCAUUGCUUCAGUCUCUCACUCCACUGAUCCCGCCAGCGACGAAGACGCGAGGGAUGGCACAGAUGCUCGGCUGGCACAGAACUCGGAAGCUGCCUCUGCUUCGGUGGAUCGUUCCACAGAGCAGAGCUCCCUGCUUCGACCUACCUCGGCGGGUCACGCCUCGCAGAACUAUGGCGCUACAUCGGCAGGGUCCUCCACUAAUGGUCACAAUACUCCGACCGCUGCAUCAGCUAGCAAGGCCAAAUCAGGAGCCGCAGCAGCCAAUGCGUCCAUGGGACUUACCGUAUCGGCUCAGCCUCCUCCUCCCACAUUCCGUGUCUUCUUUCAACGCAUUGUCCUCCUCUUCCCAUAUCUCUGGCCAUCGCAAAGCACACUACUGCAAGCACUCGCCGUCUUCUGUGUUCUCCUGUUGGUCAUUGGUAGAAUUGUCAACCUAUCGGUACCUCUGAUGCUAGGCCGCAUUGUUGACAAGCUGGCUGGGAAGGAGACAGCCAGCUCAAUGAGUAUCUGGUGGCUGAUAGCCGGCUAUGCUGGCUUGCGAUGCCUGCAAGGAAGCGGCGGCGCUCUCCAAGUCUUACAGAAUAUGGCCUGGCUGCCACUCCAGCAAUACUCCGACCGACACAUGUCUCUGAUGGCAUUUCGACAUCUUCUCGAUCUGUCUAUGGCAUUCCACAGUAAACGGAAGACCGGAGAAGUGCUACGAAUCCUAGAUCGAGGAUCCUCCAUCAAUUCAUUCUUCCAAUAUCUCAUUUUCUCAAUCGGCCCUAUCUUCUUCGAUAUCGUCAUCGCAACUGGAUUCUUGUCCUUGACCUUCGGACCGCAGGUGGGACUGCUUCUCCUGUUCGUCAUGGUUGUCUACACUGCAGUCUCGGUACAGCUGACAACGUGGAGGACUGCCUUAAGGAGAGAGGCAAACAACAAGGACAGUAUCUCUCGUGCCAUUCACACAGACGUGCUCCUCAACUACGAGUCGGUCAAAGUCUAUGCGAAUGAGGGCUACGAGACACAGAGAUACGAGCUGAGUCUUCGCGCCUACCAAGAGGCAGAGUGGAAAGUCAGCGCCAGUCUCAACGUUCUCAAUCUGGUGCAGAACUUACUGCUCGCUACGGGCACUCUGCUCAUGCUCCUCCUCGUGGCGUACGAUGUCGUCAAUGGAUACGCCUCAAGCUCUGAUUUCGUCGUGUUCAUCUCCUACCUCGGUCAGAUCUACGGCCCGCUGAAUAUGCUUUCCACACUCUACAGAGUCAUUCAGACCUCUUUAGUCGACACGGACAAGCUCAUCGCCCUCCUCCAAGAAGAGAAGGACAUCAAAGAUAUCCCGGACGCCAAACCUCUGGAGAUCAACUCUGGGGUUUUGGAGUUCCGAGACGUCAGAUUUUCUUACGAUGGCAAAGUGGAAGCGCUGAAAGGCCUCAGCUUCACAAUCAAGCCCAAGAGCAAGGUCGCCUUGGUUGGAGAGACAGGCAGUGGUAAGACGACCAUCCUGCGCUUGUUGUACCGCUUCUAUGACCCUACGUCUGGCUCGAUCUUGAUUGAUGGGCAAGACAUUAGCAAAGUGACGCAGGGUAGUCUCAGGAAGUCUAUUGGUGUUGUGCCUCAGGAAGCUGGACUGCUAAAUACGAGCAUCAAGACGAACAUUGCAUACGGCCGAACAGACCCAGAAGCCACCGAUGAGGAGAUUGAUGCCGCAGCCGCUGCUGCUCAAAUCCUAGACAAGAUUAGGUCAUUCCCGGAGGGUCUGGACACAGUGGUCGGCGAGCGUGGCGUACGUCUCUCGGGCGGUGAGAAGCAGCGAGUGGCUAUCUCCCGGUGCUUCUUGAAAAGUCCCCCUAUCUUGCUCCUCGAUGAGGCCACGUCGGCUCUGGACUCUCAAACGGAGCGUCAGAUUCAGACUGCUCUUGCUACUCUGCUCGAGGGAAAGACGUCUCUGACUAUCGCGCACCGCCUGUCUACCAUUGUCAACUCGGAUCAGAUCCUCGUCCUCCAUGACGGCAGAGUCGCGGAGAGUGGGUCGCAUGAAGAGCUCAUCGCCAUCCCUGGCGGAAGGUAUGCCGCGAUGUGGCAGGCUCAGGUCGAGACGGACAACGAGAGGGCAGAGAAGGAGCUCCGCGAGAAGGAGGCGAGGGGCAAGGGAAGGGCAGUCGACGAGUCCACUGCCGAGGCGACGGGCCAGACUGAUACGGAGGUCGCAUGUGAGCCACAGCCGGGUAUGCUUGGGGUAAUCUCUCCCUCG